AUGUUCACCCGCAGCGCAGGCGCUGGCGCACUGCUGGCGCUGGCCGCCAGUACGGUGGUCGCCGCAGACUCUAACUGUUACGAAGAGAAGGGCAACUGGUAUUGCUCUCAAGUCGAUGCCAUCUCGUACUCGAAUUUUGGGACUGCUGGCCAGUAUCAGAAUGUAAUCGAGAUGGGGUCAGCAGGACAGUGCAACUUUGCAGCCCAGGCUUAUCAAGGAGGUAUGGCUCCUAUGGACGAAGAGGUUUCCUGGCACUUUCGCGGUCCCAUCCGCCUCAAGCAGUUUGCAUUCUAUACGCUUGGAUCAAGUGAGACUAAGCGGUCGAUACAUCCAUCCCCACAUCAGCGCCGCCACGCCCACAAUCAUCUGCAUCAUCGUGAUGACCGUGAAACCAGAGCUGUGAAGGACGAGCAUGUCGAAGACCAUGUCGAAGACAAGCGUGGAGUCGGAGAUUGGGUUACGGCAGUCAUCAAUGGACAGACAGUCUCCUGGGUUAAUAAAUGGUCAGGCGUCGCCGCGACUUCUUCGCCCACAGCUGCUUCUCCGGUUGCCAGCUCAGUUGCUGAGGAAUGGGUUACGGCAGUCAUCAAUGGGAAGACAGUGUCCUGGGUCAAUAAAUGGUCAGGAGUCGCCGCGACAUCUGCAUCUGCUGCUGCUGCCCCGGCUGCUAGUUCGUCAGAAGCGAGCUCUUCUAUUGCCAGCUAUUCGAUUGCCAGCUCUUCAGAUGCGAGCUCUUCGGCUGCCGCGUCUAGUGCCGCUGCUCCGGUAGCGAGUAUGAAUGCUGGCGCUGGAGAGUGGGGCAGACAGGCCUACUACAACGCUGAGCAGGGUGUGGCAGAUGGUCUCGUCUUCCUCAACUACCAUGGAGGACAAGGCUCUGGAGUGUUUGACACUGUCUGGGGCAUGUCCCUAUCAUACGCCUCUGCCGACAAUAGCGCAGGCUCUGCAUCGCCAGUUCCAUUAGCAGACACUCUGAUCGGUGACAAUAGUGAGUUUUUGAUCAUGACCGACAAGUCAUGCUCGGACGGUGCAUGUGGCACAGUCAGGGAUGGCACCGUGGCCUACCACGGCUUCGACGGCGCCUCGAAGCUUUUCCUCCUCGAAUUCAGCAUGCCACUUUCUGGGGCGACUGGAUGGAAUGAAGAUAUGCCGGCAGCCUGGAUCCUCAAUGCACAGAUACCCCGGACAGAACAGUAUGGCAGUUGCUCAUGCUGGCAGUCUGGCUGUGGGGAGUUUGACAUUUUCGAGGUUCUGGAUUCCGGCAAUCUGAAAUGCAAGUCAACCUGGCAUGGUGCUCACUCCAUCGGUGAUUCAAACUGGUUCCAACGCCCGAGCAAUGAGACCAAGAAAGCCGCGGUCAUCUUUGACGGAAGCGCCAGUACAGCUCAUAUCUUGUGGCUGCCGGACGACACCAACUUCGACACCAGUAUCUCUCAGUCGACGGUUGCGGGGUUCUUGGAUUCAAUCUCAAAUCCGAACCUGAACAUCAAGGUCGCCUUGGGGAGCUGA